AUGCCUGUAAAAUCUCGGAAAGACUUCCAAGUCGCCAUAAUCUGCGCCUUGCCGCUAGAAUUCGAUGCGGUGGAAGCCUUACUAGACGAAUACUAUGACGAGACCAUCAAGCGCCUUGGUCAACGCGGAGACGCCAACUGGUACCGGACCGGAAGAAUCGGUGAACACGAUGUUGUCUUGACCUGUCUACCGAAUAUGGGACAGGGAAGUGCUUCCAGCGCAGCUUCGAGUCUACUUAUCAGCUUCGGCGGGAUAAGUCUGGCAUUGGUCGUGGGUAUAUGCGGAGCUGUACCGACCCUGCCUCAAAAGCGAGAGAUCAUCCUAGGCGACGUUAUUAUUAGCGACAGUAUUGUUGAAUAUGGACUGGGAAAGCAAUAUCCAGACGGCUUCAAGCCUACUGUUCAAGUCAAAGAUACCAUCGGACGCCCGAACCGGGAAAUCAGAUCUUUCAUUUCUGGGCUGAAGACUCGAAGCAUGCGCCGCCAGCUUCAGGAGGAGCUCUCCAAGUAUCUUGCGCAGCUACAGUAUGACUCGGAAACUGAUUGGAAGUACCCGGGAGCUAUACAUGACAUCUUAUUCGAAUCGCACUAUCGCCACAAGCACUACAUCCACACACAGGAUACCGCAUGUUUGUGCGUCCGAUGCCAGUCCAGGUCUGACCCGGUAUGCGACAAGGCUCUGGAGGGAGAUUGCAGUACCCUGGGGUGUGCAGGCCCACGAAUCGAACGACAACGCCUAUCCUCACACAGCGCGCCAAAGCCCUUGAUUCACUUUGGUGCCGUGGCCUCAGCUGAUACAGUAAUGAAGUCUGGUGAACACCGCGAUGCCUUGGCGCAAAUGAGCAAGGUAAUUGGAUUCGAAAUGGAAGGGGCAGGAGUUUGGGAUAACCUAACGUGCCUUGUUAUCAAAGGCGUGUCAGACUAUGCUGACAGCCACAAGAGCAAGUUCUGGCAGAACUACGCCGCGGCUACAGCGGCAUCUUGUGUAAAAGCAUUUCUAACUUUCUAUGCAAAAGAAAAUCAUGAGCAGGGUAGGCAAAAACCCGUACCCAUUAAUGGGUAUCGUUACUAG